AUGAAAUUCGUAGUAGCAGCUUUGGUCGUUCUGGCAGCAGCCGGUCCCCUCGCAACCGCCUGGAAGGUGCCCCCAGCAGGCUCAGGUGCUCUCGCCAAGGAGCUCCAGGACUUCGUGGACGUGCUCCCGGUGGAGAAAGGCGUCGAAAUCGUCAGAGCCUACAUUGCUCAGGACAAACAAGUCCAGGCUCUCCUGAAGAUCGCCGGAUCUCCGCUAAGCUCAGCCUUAGUCAAGGAAGUGGAAGCAGUGCCUGAGUUCAAACAGCUGGCCAACUACAUCCAGAAAGCCGGCCUGGACAUCUACCUUUUGCUGAACCAUUUGAACAAAGCCUUGAAGCUCGACCCGAUCAAGCCUCUGUCCACCUACGUCGUAAUCAGUGGCAACGGAGUCAGUGGUCUUGUGAAGGACCUGAGGGCAAUCAUUCCCUACGAUAAACUCCAUGAUUUGUACAUUGAGAAGGUGGAGAAAUCCGCCGUGUUCAAGGACUUUGUCGUAGAAGUCAGUUCCCCCAAGUACCAAAAGUUGCACGAAGUCAUAGUCAACAGCCAGAACUUGAAGAGCAUUGCCCUGGAAUCGAAGAACGCUGGAGUUAACCCUGAUGACUUCCCUGAAGGAUACAGCGUGCUCUUGACUGCCCACGUUGUCCGCAACCGGCAUCAAUCUUCUUCUGAACCGCAACGACGAAAACAUCGGAACCUCAAGAUGAAAUUCGUAGUAGCAGCUUUGGUCGUUUUGGCAGCAGCCGGUCCCCUCGCAACCGCCUGGAAGGUGCCCCCAGCAGGCUCAGGUGCUCUCGCCAAGGAGCUCCAGGACUUGGUGGACCUGCUCCCGUUGGAGAAAGGCAUCGAAAUCGUCAAAGCCUACAUUAAUCAGGACAAACAAGUCCAGGCUCUCCUGAAGAUCGCUGGAUCUCCGCUAACCUCAGCCUUAAUCAAGGAAGUGGAAGCAGUGCCUGAGUUCAAACAGCUGGCCAACUACAUCCAGAAAGCCGGCCUGGACGUCUACCUUUUGCUGAACCAUUUGAACAAAGCCCUGAAGCUCGACCCGAUCAAGCCUCUGUCCACCUACGCCGUAAUCAAUGGCAACGGAGUCAGUGGCCUUCUGGAGGACUUGAAGGCAAUCAUUCCUUACGAUGAACUUCGGAUUUUGUACACUGAGAAGGUGGAGAAAUCCGUCGUGUUCCAGGACUUUGUCAACGAAAUCACUUCCAACAAGUACCAAAAGUUGUUCGAUGUCUUGAGCAAGAACCAGAACUUGGAGAGCAUUGCCCUGGAAUCGAAGAACGCUGGAGUUGACUCUCGUGACUUCCCUGAAGGAUACAGCGUGCUCUUGACUGCCCACGUUGUCGGCAGUAUGGCCUAACUCCCACAAAUAAUGAAUUAAAACUAAAGCAUUUUCUUUCCUUUGGAACAUAAUGAAAUAAAUAUUUAGCUUAUUAUUAACUUUUGGAAAA